GAUCCGAAGAUGACGAUAGGCAGCUUCCACUACACUGCUUGGUCGACGCACGGCGACCUCCGGACAGCGGGGGAGCUGCGGCACAGGCACGUGGCUCUGCUCAAGGGAUUGCUGUCAGAGGGGACCCGGGCGGUUCUGGAAAAGCACAGCGCCCUGAGGGACGAGCGCGACGUCGCCGUGUUCCUGCACUUCCCCCCCAACAUCUUCCGUCUUCAUGUGCACUUCGUGCCUGUGAACAGGACUAUGUGGGCCCCAGCAGAUGAGGUCGUGCCACUCGAGCCAUUGAUACAGUCGCUGGAGUCCAUGACUCCCUUCGACAAUCGCGCGAGCCCCGUGGUGAAGAUCCUUCCGAGAGUCAGCGGCUCUCAUGUGUUGACCUGCCGAAGCUGGGGAUGA